ACUAGGAACGCCUUCUCUCAGACUCGCCCUCUGGGCUUAUGAAAUCACUGUGACAGCAACAGAGUUCAACCAGAGAAGCAGGCUGAGAAGCUAGAGCAUGUAUACAGGUAGUGUCCAAAAAACCACUGACCAGAACAAUUGUUUCCUGAGUCCCAUCCUAUGAACGAGCCAUGUUGGCCUACCCUGUAACAUCCACUGGCCCGUGUCCCAGAAUUCUCUGGAUCCUCCUUCUCCUGGCUGCCUCCCUGAAUGCCCAUUCACAAGUCUGGGACGACCCCAAAUGCACUGAAGCUGAAGUGUCUGCACCCAGAGGCAGCCGCGUGGUGAUGGCCUGUAACAUCUCCAACACCUUCAGUGAUGUCACCAUUGAGCUGACUGCCAAUGGGAAGACCAGUACCAUCUUUAACACAAGGCCUCCGGGAAACCACUUUAAUGAUUCCUGGCAGCUUCGCAUUCAAGGACGCCAGGCUCACCUGGUGAUUGCAGAGGUCCAGGACAUCCACGCAGGGCAGUACUUGUGGAGGCUGCAUGGAGGCCAGAGACCACCCGACCAGUUCAUCUUCCUGAAUGUUACUGACCUAGACACUGCCGACCAGGAGCCAGGAAGCUUGCAGGUCAUUGCUGAGCCUCCACCUGAAGUGCGCACAGAUAUCCUCAUCACUGCCAUCGUCAUCAUCAUCAUCAUUAUCAUAGGAAUCAGUGCAUUUGCCUGGUACAAGCACUCCCAUUCCCCAAAGCGACACAGAUAUGAAGACCCAAAGUCUGGUCAGAGUCAUGAUCUCCUCAUAGUCCCUACCUGACACUGCCCUAAGAUCUCCCAAGGCGUGCCCCAAAAGGUACUCAAGGGGCCUUAUUAGUUCCAGACAGCAGAGUACAGAGAACUUCUUAUGACUACAGUUGACUUGAGACAGGCUCACAAGAAUCCUUGGUCCUCAAGCCCUCACUUUGACCCUGAGAACAGAUCUUUCAGGGUCCUCCCAGGACUCCAGAGGAAACUGCAUUGCAGACAGAGUUGUGAUCUUUUUUUUUUUUAAUUCGGGAUGCCCUGGAAGUUGAAUGGACCCCUCCUGUACUCAAAAUAUAACUCUGUUGGAAUCUUGGAGACAUCAAAGCAUUUCAGAGCA